AUGACCAUUGAAACUCUGUUUCGCCAGUUAGCUCCAGCUGGGGAGCUUCAGAACCUCAACCGAGCAGUGCCCAUCUGGAGCGGAAAUUCGCAGUUGACUCCCAUAGCACGGAGGAUCACCAUCGAGAUCAUACACAUACAUUCCAACAGCGCGAGAUACGCUGCUUCGUCGCCUUGCCAGAUGAUGUCCUCCCGAUUAGCCCGGCCUGCCCUGGCUGCUACCACACGACAAGCUCCUCGGUGUGCGACCCGAAGCUACGCAGCAGCUGCCUCCUCAAUUGAUCCAAAGCCACCGGUGCCGCUGUUCGGGGUAGAUGGCACAUACGCAAGUGCAUUGUAUACCGCAGCCGCCAAAUCCUCCUCUCUCGACUCGAUCGCCAAAUCGCUCACCUCGCUCCACCAAGUGCUGAAAUCCGACGCCAAACUCUCCCCCAUCCUCCACGCGCCCACCCUGACCGACGCCGACAAGUCCGCCAUCAUCGCCGAACUGGAAAAGCACACCGGCGGCGGCGACAAGCAGGGCACGAUGAAGAACUUCCUCCAGACGCUGGCCGAGAACAAUCGACUGGGUCUGUUGGAGGGGGUGUGCGAGAAGUUCGCGGAGCUGAUGAGUGCAUACAGAGGCGAGAUGGAGCUGGUCAUCACCAGUGCCCAGAAGCUGGAGGAUCGCGUGGUGAGGAGAUUGGAGGCGGCGAUCGCGAAGAGCGAGUACAGUCACGGGAAGAAGAUUAAGGUGGUUACCAAGGUCAAUCCGGAAAUCCUGGGUGGUCUGGUCGUCGAGAUCGGAGACCGCACAAUCGACUACAGCGUCUCGGCCAAGAUUGCCAAACUCAACAAGCUGCUGACCGAUACUGUGUAA